CUGCAGGGCCGAGGCAUGGAGGUGGGCUAGGAGUUGUCGCGAGGUUAAGCAGGAAAUGUUCUUUUGGGGCCAAAGUCUGGGGAUAUAUGAGGACAAAUUCUCACUCAUUCGCAAAUAAAGCCCAGCAAACUCGACUGAGACAAUAACUUUUCUAUAGGCCAUUUACCCAGGUAAUUACUUUUGGAAACGGGAGUUCAGACCGCCAAGGUGCAGAAUGAGCACGUGUUGUUGGUGUACACCAGGUGGUCUUUCCACCGUUGACUUCCUAAAGUGCUAUGCAUCUAAGAUCCAAUCCAGUGAAUUUCAGACAGCUGAUGAAGACCUCUGCUACUGCUUAGAAUGUGUGGCUGAAUACCACAAAGCAAGAGAUGAAUUACCAUACUUGCAUGAGGUUUUAUGGGAAUUGGAAACCUCACGUCUGGUAAAUCACUUUGAAAAAUCCAUGAAGGCAGAAAUUGGCGAUGAUGAUGAAUUAUAUAUAGUAGACAAUAAUGGAGAGGCACAGUUGUUUGACUUUACUGGCCAAGACUUUGAAAAUAAGCUUCGAGUUCCUCUUCUUGAAAUACUCAAAUAUCCAUACCUGCUUCUACAUGAACGUGUUAAUGAAUUAUGUGUUGAAGCACUUUGUCGGAUGGAACAGGCCAAUUGCUCCUUUCAGGUUUUUGACAAACAUCCAGGGAUCUAUUUGUUUUUGGUCCAUCCCAAUGAAAUGGUUCGGCGCUGGGCUAUCCUGACUGCAAGAAACUUGGGGAAAGUGGACAGAGAUGAUUAUUAUGACUUACAGGAUGUUUUAACUUGCCUUUUUAAAGUCAUUGAGUUAGGGCUUUUGGAAAGUCCAGAUAUUUAUACUACUUCUGUCCUUGAGAAGGGUAAACUGAUUCUUCUGCCCUCGCACAUGUAUGAUACUACCAACUACAAAAACUACUGGUUAGGUAUUUGCAUGCUGCUGACUAUUCUUGAGGAGCAAGCCAUGGAUUCUCUGUUGCUGGGCUCAGACAAACAAAAUAAUUUUAUGCAGUCAAUACUUCACACUAUGGAGAGACAAUCAGACGAUGAUAGUGUGGAUCCUUUUUGGCCAGCAUUACACUGUUUCAUGGUGAUUCUGGAUCGCCUGGGAUCUAAGGUCUGGGGUCAACGUAUUGACCCUAUUGAGGCAUUGCAAACCAUUAUCAACAAUGGAAGCUACAAUAGAGAGAUCCAGAACAUCCGAAAUAGCUCUGUGAGGACCAAGUUGGAACCGGAAUCACAUUUGGAUGAUAUGGUGACUUGCAGUCAGAUUGUAUACAAUUAUAAUCCUGAAAAGACCAAAAAGGAUUCUGGAUGGAGAUCUGCCAUUUGCCCAGAUUAUUGUCCUAACAUGUAUGAAGAAAUGGAAACAUUAGCCAAUGUACUUCAGUCAGAUAUCGGUCAAGACAUGCGUGUUCAUAACAGCACAUUUCUGUGGUUCAUACCUUUUGUUCAGUCUCUCAUGGAUCUUAAAGAUUUGGGUGUUGCUUACAUAGCAGAGGUUAUUCAUCAUCUGCACUCCGAAGUCAAAGAUGUUCUCAACCAAGCAGAUGCUGUGUGUGACAAAGUCACUGAAUUUUUUCUUCUAAUUUUGGUAUCAGUGAUUGAACUGCACAGAAAUAAAAAAUGUUUGCAUUUGCUAUGGAGUAGUUCCCAGCAGUGGGUGGAAGUAGUUGUGAAAUGUUCCAAACUUCCUACCACUGCAUUUGCACGGAGUUCUGAGAAGUCAUCUGGAAAUUGCUCCAAAGGAACGGCAAUCAUAUCAUCACUGUCACUGCAUUCAAUGCCGUCUAACUCUGUACAGCUUGCUUGUGUGCAGCUGAUUAGAAGUCUCCUUAAAGAAGGUUAUCAGCUUGGACAGCAAACUAUUUGUAAACGAUUUUGGGAUAAGCUUAACUUAUUCCUUCGGGGAAAUUUAUCUCUAGGUUGGCAGUUGACUAGUCAGGAGACCCAUGAAUUACAAGCUUGUUUAAAACAAAUUAUUAGAAACAUAAAAUCAAAAGUACCUCCAUGUAGCACUUUGGUGGAUCUGACUCUGGCAGGUAAAACCCCUCCUGCAUCUUACAAUAAAGAAGAAAGUGAAGAAAUAGGGAAGAAGUCUAUAAAAGAUAUUCAUUGUGUGGAAAAUUCCAGCCCAACAUUUUCUAAAGAACCAAUGAAAGGUGAUAUAUAUCAAGUGCCAGAGAGUACACUGAUCAAAGCAAGUAACACUAUGGAAGAAGAGGAUGAUGAGGAUAAUUAUAUUAUAAAGGAUUUGAAACUAGAAGACCAUCUCUCAGCUGAGUCAUGUUUAAAGCAGAGUAGUAUAAGCCUUCAUACUGAAAAAGCUAAAGCUCGAGUUAAAAUAAGUAGAGGGAAGCGGAAGUCUGUAAAAGAGAAUUCCUCGUAUAUACCACAGAAUUGUACUUCAAGAAAUGACCCAAAAAAGGGAAGUGACAGAGGAAUAAUAAUACCAACACAUUUGUUGACUGAUUCUAGUGCUGAAUCUCUGGAGAAAGUGUCUACAUCAAAUGAGGAUUUCUCUUUAAAGGAUGAUACUCUUGGUAAAACCUCAAAACCAAAAACUAAGGCACAGAAAGAUGAAAUCUGUGCAAAAUUAUCACAUGUAAUAAAGAAGCAACACAGGAAAAGUACUUUGGUCGGUAAUGCUAUCAGUUUAGAGGAAAACCUAACUGCAUCUAACACUGAGAGUUUCUAUGUAAGGAAGGAUACAGGAGUUCAGAAAGGGGACAGCUUUAUACACAACCUGUCUGUAGAUCCUAAUGGUAUUCUGGAUGAUAAUAAAAAUGGAGAACAAAAUUCUGUAAACAGUUUAUUACCAAAAAAGAAACAAUUAAAGAAUGAAGAGUUGGGUAUUUUCUCUUUAAAUGAAAACAGUUUUAAAAUACAGAAAUGUCAUCUUGAUGAUAAAGAUUUGGUCUCAUUUAUAGAAAUGACCGAUAAUUUAGUGAAGAAAAUGUCUCCCUUUAACGAUCCAGUGACUGUACUUGAAUCAAGAGAUAAGGAAAGGAGUAAGAGUAUUGAUCUGAUUUCUUCUAACCUGACAGGGGAACAAGCACCUGACAUCAGUGCUAAAUCUGAUAUCUUAACGGAUUCUCAGGUAGACAGAGACCUCCACAAAUUAUCUUUAAUAGCUCAAGCCAGUGUUAUUAAGUUUCCAUCAGAUUCAACUCAAAAAAGCCCAUCCCAGCUCCAAAGAAAAGUAAAAGAUGAUAAAAGAUGUUUCACAGCUAACCAGAAUAAUGUUGGAGACACCUGCCAUGGACAGGUUAUUAUUAUUUCGGAUUCUGAUGAUGAUGAUGAUGAAAGAAUUCUGGGUCUUGAGAAACACAUUAAACAGGACAAAAUAUGCAUUAAGAAAGAAUAUCCGGAGCAGUGUGUUUCAAUAGUUAAUAGUAAUGUGGAAAAGAAGCUAAUAAAGGAGGAACAAACAAAGUCUUUGGAUUUUGAGGAAUCUGAUUCUCAGUCUUUUGAGUUUGAAAGUUCAUCUGAAAUGUUUUCUGUUUGGCAAGAUCAUAAAUUAAACAAGAAGAAUUCAGUUCAGGAGGAAGAAAAAAAGUCAUGUUUGACUGAUUUGUCUGAUAUCACAAACGAUUGGGGCUAUGAUACGGAUUAUGUACCUGAAGAAGUUACUAAAAAAGUAGAGCGCAUUAAAGGACACAAAGAACCACAGAGAGGUAGUAUUUCUGUUGAGAAAAUUUGUGAAAUUGAAGUAAAAAAACCUAAGAGAAAACGAUCUGAAAAACCAACGGCUGAAGAUCCUCUAAGGCCUUCGUCUUCUGUCAGAAAUGAAGACCAGUCUCAUACUCCUAUUGAGAGAGAGAUUCCUGAAAAUGAUUUCAAAAAAAGUGUAGACACAAAGCCUACAACUCCCAGUUCAAAUAUUCAGAGAGCCACUACGGUUACACCAAAGAAGUCUUCUCCAAAGCCUCAUCAUUCAGAACCCGUUAGGAGAGGUCCACUUUCUAAAACCUCCAAGAGAGCAGCACAUUCAGAUGCCAAAAAAGGACAGAGUAAAAAUUUAAAUUACUUAAGUUGUAGGACAACUCCUGCAAUAGUGCCACCAAAGAAAUUUCGCCCCUGUCCUGAGCCAGCCUCAACAGUUGAGAAACUUGGUCUGAAAAAGGCUCCUCGUAAGGCAUUUGAGUUGUCUCAGCGAUCUUUAGAGUAUUUAGUUCAGUUACGUGAUCAUGGCAAAAGUGUUGGAGUAAUUGAUACCAGAAAAAAGACUAAAUUAAUUUCUCCUCAGACUCUAACUGUCAAAAAUAACAAGAAACUCUUAACCAGUCAAGAUCUGCAGUUGCAAAGGCAGAUGAGAUCCAAGUCCAAAAAAAAUAGACGAGGGGGUUUUGAUUGUGAAAGUACAGAUACUACAAGAGCAGGGCCACAGACAGCACAGACUUCUGACAAGCUUGUACCAGAAUCUGAUAGGUCAGAUUAUACAGGAAGAACGGAGGUACUUGCCAACAAUAAUAGAAAACAGUUAGUAAAAUGCAUGUCUUCUGAACCAGAAACUGUAAAAGCAAACUCUGUAUUUCAGGCAACUGAUGCUUGUCUUUUGAACCAGUGUGAUUCUACAGUGUUAAACGGAAGAAUACCAACAAAUGAAAUACUCGUCUCUCCUUCAGAGGACGCUUUAGGUGGAGGAGGUCUACCAGUACAUCAUACAAAGGUGGCAAAUUUGAAAGUGGCAGAACCUGAAUCUGACAGUGAUACAGAGGCAGAUAAUUUAUUUUUAACACAAAAUGAUCCUGAAGAUAUGGAUUUGUGUUCACAAGUAGAGAAUAAUAAAGUCAUUGAACUAGUUUUUGGAAAGAAUACAGUUGAGGUGGAAGAAGGUUCUGUAAGUCGGCCUCAGUUGGAAUCUUUGAGUGGCACAAAGUGUAAGUACAAAGAUUGUGUUGAAACCGCAAAAAACCAGGGCGUAUACUGCUCAAAACACUGUGAAGCUAAAGCAGCAGAUGAAGAUGUAUUUCGUAAACCUGCCUUGCCCCUUUCUGCAUCCAAACCUUUAAGACCUUCCACUGCUAAGAUUUUUAGCUCAAGUAGUACUUCGCGAAUUGCUAAUCUGUCUAAGACUUUGGAAAGUACUUCAGCACUAAAAAAUAAGCCAAAUGGGGUGCAGUCUAUUUUGAAAGUACCACAGCCAGCUCCUCUAAUAUCUCUGAAGCCAAUGGGAGAAAUGAAGAUUCCAUGCAAUAUUCUUCAUUCUCAGACUCCAAAUAAUUCUAGCAGGCCAGGUUAUAAACUUCCUUUUAGUGAGAACAAAUCUUUUCCAACUUCCUCUCCAGUAAACAUUCUGUUGUCAUCACAGUCUAUCUCUGAUACCUUUGUUAAAGAGGUCUUAAAAUGGAAGUAUGAAAUGUUUUUGAACUUUGAUCAGUGUGGGCCCCCUGCAAGUCUUUGUCAGUCCAUCUCAAGACCUGUGCCUGUCAGAUUUCAAGAUUGUGGAGAUUAUUUUAAUGUCUUUUUCCCUUUGAUGGUACUGAAUACUUUUGAAACAGUGGCACAGGAAUGGCUCAGCUCCCCCAAUAAAGAGAUUUUCUAUCGGUUGAAUUUACGAAAAUUUCCUGCUGAUUAUAAAAAAUGCUGGGAAUUUGUAGUUUACCUGGAGGAAGGUGAUCUGGCUAAACAGCUUCAUCCAAAGGAAAAUGAUUUGGUGUUUUUGGUUCCUGAGAGACAAAAUGGAGAGAAAAAAGAUACAGUGAGAAAUUGCACAAAGGAUCUCUAUGAAUAUCAUUGUGGUUAUGUUCACAAGUUUCGGCGUACUUCAGUCAUGCGUAAUGGGAAAUCUGAGUGUUGCCUUUCCAUCCAGACUCAAGAUAACUUGCCAGCCAAUUUAAAUGAAUUUGUGACGUGUAUUGUAAUCAGUUCUCUGGUAACUACACAAAGGAAAUUGAAAGCCAUGUCUCUGUUAAGUGGUCGGAACCAACUGGCUAGAGCUGUUCUAAAUCCAAACCCCAUGGACUUCUGUACAAAAGAUUUACUAACUACAACAUCUGAAAGAAUUAUUGCCUACUUAAGAGAUUUUAACGAAGACCAAAAGAAAGCAAUAGAAACUGCAUAUGCCAUGGUGAAACACUCACCAUCAGUUGCCAAAAUCUGCCUGAUUCAUGGUCCACCUGGAACAGGAAAAUCAAAAACUAUUGUUGGCCUCCUAUACCGCUUGCUAACAGAGAACCAGAGACGGGGGCAUUCAGAUGAAAACUCCAAUGCCAAAAUCAAACAGAACCGUGUCCUCGUGUGUGCACCUUCCAACGCAGCUGUUGAUGAACUAAUGAAAAAAAUUAUCCUUGAAUUCAAAGAAAAGUGUAAAGACAAGAAGAAUCCUUUGGGAAACUGUGGAGAUAUAAAUUUAGUACGACUGGGUCCAGAAAAGUCUAUUAAUAAUGAAGUUCUAAAAUUUAGUUUGGACAGCCAAGUUAACCACAGAAUGAAAAAAGAUUUACCUUCUCAUGUUCAAGAGAUGCAUAGAAGAAAGGAGUUUCUAGAUCAUCAGCUAGAUGAGCUUUCUCGGCAGCGAGCUUUAUGCCGAGGUGGACGGGAAAUACAGAGGCAAGAAUUAGAUGAAAAAAUUGCCAAAGUUUCAAAAGAAAGGCAAGAACUUGCUUCUAAAAUUAAGGAGGUUCAAGGACGCCCACAGAAAACACAGAGUAUCAUCAUCUUAGAAUCUCAUGUCAUCUGCUGCACAUUGAGCACAAGUGGUGGUUUACUGCUAGAGUCUGCUUUUCGCGGGCAAGGGGGUGUUCCCUUCAGUUGUGUCAUUGUUGAUGAGGCUGGGCAAUCUUGUGAAGUUGAGACUCUGACUCCGCUAAUCCAUCGCUGCAACAAGCUGAUCCUAGUAGGAGACCCUAAACAGCUCCCCCCCACAGUCAUUUCGAUGAAAGCACAGGAGUGUGGCUAUGACCAGUCGAUGAUGAAAGCACAGGAGUAUGGCUAUGACCAGUCGAUGAUGGCUCGCUUCUACAAACUGCUGGAAGAGAAUGUAGAACACAAUAUGAUUGGCAGGCUACCUGUUUUACAGCUUACUGUUCAGUACAGGAUGCAUCCAGACAUAUGUCUCUUCCCAUCUAGUUAUGUUUAUAACAGAAACUUGAAAACAAAUAGACAGACAGAAGCCAUUCGGUGUUCAGCAGACUGGCCGUUUCAACCUUACCUGGUAUUUGAUGUUGGAGAUGGAUCAGAAAGACGGGAUAAUGACUCCUACAUAAAUGUUCAAGAAAUUAAACUGGUGAUGGAAAUAAUUAAGCUUAUUAAAGAGAAAAGAAAGGAUGUUACUUUUCGAAACAUUGGCAUAAUAACCCAUUAUAAGGCCCAGAAGACAAUGAUUCAGAAGGAUUUGGACAAAGAGUUUGAUAGAAAAGGACCGGCAGAAGUAGACACCGUGGAUGCUUUCCAGGGUCGCCAGAAGGACUGUGUUAUCGUCACGUGUGUUAGAGCAAAUGCCAUGCAAGGUUCCAUUGGAUUCCUGGCAAGUUUGCAGAGAUUGAAUGUCACCAUUACACGAGCCAAGUACAGCCUUUUCAUCCUUGGACAUUUAAGGACCCUAAUGGAAAAUCAGCAUUGGAAUUACUUGAUUCAGGAUGCUCAGAAGCGUGGUGCCAUUAUUAAGACCUGUGACAAAAACUAUAGACAUGAUGCAAUGAAGAUUCUGAAACUCAAACCUGUACUACAGAGAAGUCUGACUCACCCCCCCACCAUAGUUCCAGAGGUGUCCAGACCCCAGGGCGGCUUGCCCAGCAACAAGCUAGACAGCGGAUUUGCCAGAACAUCUUAUGCUGCUUCUCUGUACCACACACCCCCUGACGGUAGUGAAUCUACUGUUACUUCAAAGGAUCUUGAAAGGUCACCUGUUCAGGAGCUCCGAGAUCCACGACUGCUUAGGAGGAUGAAUGCCGAAGCCAAAGGAAAAUUCAUCAGGAGUCCACAACCCUCGAGCCCCCAGCAUCCUGGAGCAACACCUCCUGCGGAAGAGCCAGGCUUCCCGAUCACUCACCAGGAUCUGGAAUGUGGUGUGCAGCAGUCCACUUCUAAAGCAGCCACUGUGAGCAACCACAAACCUCGUGUGCAGUGUGAAUCUCCAGCUGCCAGUACUGAUGCUGCGAAUAAUAAGAGAAAAUACAGUGACCUGGAAGAGGGGCUCAGUCACAGGAGAGAGACCAGGGCUCCCAGUGAAGGGGAGCAGGAGAAGCAGGGUUCUGUGACUGAUCACACCAAGAGGAACUCUAGCUGGGAUAGGAGGAGACAGGAGAAUGAGGACAGCAAUUCUAAGAAAAGAAAACAUACGUAGUAAAGCCAAAUGACACAGACCGUCAGCCACAAGCAUCAUUGUAAACUUAGGAGGGCCAGCUGAUGGGACAUCUAGAUAAGAUUAUUUUUUCCUUUAAGGAGUUUGUGUGCUGUUGGAAAACAUGGAAAAUGCCUCCUAGCGCCUGAGCCUAUGGUCAUCUUCAGGACUUAAGUCAGAUGCAAAAGCUUUCAGAGGGCACUUGUGUGUCAGUAAUAAUGUCCUUGAAGCUAGAAACUCGAAAUGUUGAUUUCUUGUUCUUCUGUAGACAAGGAGGUCAGACUGGAGUGAAUGUUAUAAAAGUUCAAGUGUAUAUUUGUAUAGCAAAUAACAAAAUCCUUUUAAAAUUUAA